GAUUCUGACAGUGAGUGUGACUAUGUCUCCGUGUCUUACGUCCAUGUCCUUCUCCUCUUCUUCUCUCUCAACACACACACUGUUUCUGACAGACAGAUUCAUUCAUUCUAAAUUCUAUUCUUUUUAUGAACCAACCACGCAGUCAUUUUCUUUCUCUCUUCGGACAAAGCAAAGCCAUUAUUGCAAACCUCCAUUCCAUUGGUUCUCUGUUUUCUUUACUGUUCUUUCCAAAUUUGCCGGCUUUGGUCGGCUUUUCGUGUUCACAUUAUUCCCUUUCAUUCUUUUCUCAUUAUUCUUUCUUUUGUUAAGUUAUAACCUUUCAAUAUUCAUAAGGGUCCAUUACUAUGGGCUGUGUUCAAGCCAAACCAUUAGAAUCUGAAGGUUCUUCAGACUAUAGAGGACUAAACAGGUUCAAAAUGGAAAAUGGGUAUGUUCCAAGUUCUGAUUUUGUUGCUCAUAGAAGAUCCACUGGUGGUCAAACUAAAAAACCUCAUGUUGAGAACAAGACUAAGGAUAUUGUUAUUGAUCAUCAGGUUUAUCAGAAACAACCCAGAAAGCAUAAAGUUGUUGAUGGAAAAAGUGUUGGUGGAAAGGGAAAGAGAGAUGGUGAUUUGAAAGAUAGUAAGAAACAUUUGAAUAAUGUUUUUGAAGAUGAGAUGGUUGAUGGUUGGCCUAAAUGGUUAGUUGAUAAUGUUCCUAUUCAAGGCUUGGCUGGCUUGGUUCCUAAGAGUGCUGAAUCUUACAAAAUGAUUGACAAGGUAGGACAAGGAACCUACAGCAAUGUUUAUAAAGCACUAGAUCGAGAAACGGGCGAUAUUGUGGCACUCAAAAAGGUCCGGUUCAAUACAUCAGAGCCUGAAAGCAUUAAAUUUAUGGCAAGAGAAAUUACCAUAUUACAGAAAUUGGAUCAUCCCAAUGUAGUAAAACUUAAAGGGCUUGCCACUUCAAGAAUGCAGUAUAGUAUAUAUCUAGUUUUUGAUUUCAUGCCAACUGAUUUGUCGAGAAUUAUUACUCGACCUGACGAAAGACUAACCGAACCACAGGUCAAGUGCUAUAUGCAUCAAUUGCUUUCAGGUCUUCAGCAUUGCCACGAUAGAGGAAUUUUGCAUCGAGAUAUAAAGGGAUCAAAUCUUUUGAUUGAUAAAAAUGGAAUGCUUCAGAUUGCCGAUUUUGGACUUGCCAAUUAUUAUAGUACAAAUCAACAACAGCCUCUCACAAACCGGGUUGUGACGUUAUGGUACAGAGCUCCUGAGUUGUUGUUAGGUUCCACCGAUUAUGGAGUUGGUAUUGAUCUAUGGAGUGCUGGAUGUCUCCUUGCAGAAAUGUUUAGAGGAAUGCCAAUUAUGCCUGGAAGAACAGAGGUUGAGCAACUUCAUAGAAUUUUCAGGCUAUGUGGAACACCGUCACAAGAGUAUUGGAAAAAGUUAAAACUUUCUACAACUUUUAUACCUCCAAAGUCUUAUAGACCAAGUCUGGUAGAAACUUUCAAGGAUCUGCCUACAUCUUCUUUAGGUCUUUUAUGUACUCUUCUUGCUUUGGAUCCUUCAUUUCGCGGAAGUGCAUCUAAAGCUCUUAAAAAUCAGUUUUUCCUUACGAGCCCAUUGGCUUGUGAUCUGUCUGGUCUGCCAACAAUCUUCAAAGAAGAUGAUGAGAACAUUCGAGCCAAAGAACAGAUCAAGUAUAUUAACUCCAAAAUCAGGCGUUCUCGUACAUUUAUGGAGCGUCGCAAGAAUUUAUCAUCUAAUAAGCCAAUAGAACCUACUGUAUCAUCUAAAGAGGUCUUGAGAAGUAACGCCGAGGCUGAAACUUAUGUUCCAAGUCAAGAACCAGGUAGUGCAACAAGUAGUACUUCAUCUAGUGUAAACCAAGCUGGAAUUGAGGACCACUCACCCCUCUUUAUCUCUCCAUUUCUUGGUUCUGAUCAAAAGUUACCCCACAAAAUCCAUAAUAGGCAUGCUAAUGUUGGUGAAAAAAACAAGAACCUUCCUCCAUUAUCCAAGUCAAAACCAAAUGUAACCAAGAAAGAUGAUAACAGAUACAGAACAGACCAGAUUUUCAGGUCUACUUCCACUAGAGAAUUUAGAAAGUUAAAAACAGAAGAAAAUUUACCCUUUGAUUAGGCAAUUUUGAGAUUAUUUAUUUAUACCAAAUAUUUUUUUAUUAUAUCAUUUGAUUUUAUGUAUUUUGAAAGUUCCUCUACAUAUUCUGGAUUUAUUGUUAUGAAAAUAAAGGGUCAUAUUCAAUGAA